GUGGUGCUCCGAUGAAGAUUGUCAGCGAUCAGACUAUGAUUGGGAGCGAUGCCUAAGUUGACAAAGACAGAUCAUGCAAGUUUUAGAAGGCUAGCACUCAAAAGGCGCAGCGUCGUACUUCUAAUGUGAGUCCGAGCUUCAGAUGAUGAGCCUCGUGCGAUGCGCGGCCGCAUUGAAAAUGCGCAGGGGGAAAAUACUAAUCAGUCUCUGACCGCGAAGAACCCUUCGCAGCAUUCCGUAUUAAAUCGCAGCAUUAGCAGCCCGUGCUACACUUCUCGCUGGCAGAAUGCAGAAGCUGCGGAAGUUGAAUUUCUUCGACCGGUUGCCCGUGGCGACGGACGGAUGGGGGUCAUCGUCGUCGAGCAGCUCCUCCGCGACGCCCUCUGGCAUCGCUUCCAGUGCGCGCGGGUUUUCCAGUGACGAGGUUGAGGAGGCAGCCGGCGGCUCGCAGUACGUGUAUCUGGCCUUGAAAAAUACCAAGGAGCUGCUCCUAGUGGAUCGCGACUCUCGGGCGGAGCGACACGCGCUGUUCAGUCCCGAGGAGCGGAUUGCGAAGCUUCACGAAUGCAAAGAGAGCGUGUUUUUCGCGCUCACGCAGAAUGCGCAGACGGGCAACACCCGCCUGCGUUUUUUCCGCGUGGAGAGUUUAACGCAAGUUAGCUCUCUGCACCAGAUUCCGGUGUUCGAGCGCGUGCACAAGGCCCUUCGCGUCACCACCUGCGACUGCCUCGGAGACUCCGCCAUCGCGAUCGGCUCCAAUCUGGGGCAGGUGCAGCUGGUCCUCGGCGUUUUCGACAAAACCCCGACGCUGCGGACGAUCGCCGUCGGAACUGCAAGCGCGACUGGUAGUACACGUGGUCAGCAGGCCACGAAUAGUACAACAAACCUCGAGCACAGCACUGUCACGGGGUGCCACUUCUUGGAACAAGUUUUCGGGGCCAACACCGUGACCCCCACGCUGCGGGUUGUACUGUUCGUCACCACGUCCGAGGCGGUGUUCUCCUACAGUUUGGGCACCAUCGCGCCCACGAGCGGGGCGACGGGGCUGACGGACAAGAAGAACCUGGCCACCAAGAGUCGGCUCCUGACGCAGCAGCUGCUGCAGGUGGACCUGCUGAACGAGGACCAUUCCGGGGGCGCGGCGAUCGGGUGCAGUGCGGUGUUUCGGUCGAUGCAGAGCCUGCUGGUGGCGCGCGAGGAGGGUGUCUUCAGCUACGACCCGGACGAGGGCAACCUGUCCGCCGUGCCGCUCGACGGGCCGAAGUGUUACCUCUGUUGCCACGGCAAUUCCUUCUUCGUCUGCGUCACGAAGGAGGAUCAGGAACGGUACCGCGUCACGGUCUGUCUGUCCUACCCCCACAUGCGGUGCAUCGCGUACUCGGCAUUAUUCCCGAACCGCAUUUUUCGGAUUUUCCCCGCACUGUAUUGCGAGGAAAAAUCUUCCCUCCCAUUAUAUCGAAACCAAAAUUUGUGAUGCUGAUUUGUGACCACAAGUCGACUUUUAUUGCUAGAAGGCCAAGAGACGCAGUUGCCCACUCGUUUACAGGGAAUAUGUCAUGCUGUUUCCCGUUUCCAGUUGCUUCCUGUCAUGCUGAAGACGCAAGGCGUGUUCACGCCACCCAGCACGACAGGCCGCAUCUUUUGCCUUCUAGCAUGACAAAGCUGAUGUGUGACCGCAAAUCUGCAUCACAGAUUUCCGUUUUGAUAUGGGGAGGGGGGCUUUUUCUUCUUGAUACAUUGGCGAACAGUCGCAGCCUCUUCGUCCUCGACUCCGUCAACCACGUGUUUCAACUACAAGAAAAACCGAAAGCGGAACAAAUCGAUGUGCUCACGAAGAAGCGGAUGUUCGACUGGGCUGCCAUCGUGGUGGAGCGGGAGCAGCUGGAUACCGCAACGCUGUGCCACGUCUACAAGCUGCACGGCGACGCGCUCUACGAGAAACGCUUGUACGACCAAGCGCUGCACUAUCCACAGGAAGUUUGAUAUUCCCCGUAUCACGUGCUAAUGCGGUUUCUGCAUGAUUUCAACACGACUUGCCGAAAUUUGUGAUGCAUUUAUUCAUACGAGUGUACGGGAAUAAUUUGUAUUGCAUAUGCAGCAGUACAUGAAGUCGAUUGACGCGGAUUUCCCGUUGGAGACGUCCUACAUCUUGGAGAAGUACCUGCACGCGCACAAAAUCAGCCACAUAGCGAAGUACCUCUGUCGUCUGCACGAGCGUCCGGGGUUGGCGGAACCCACCCACACGAGGCUGCUCUUCCAGUGCUACACGCAAGAACGGGACGCCACGCAGCUGGAGGAUUUCCUGGCCACCACGCCGGUCGAGCACUACGACUACACGGCUGGGUUGGAGGUGCUGGAGAAGACGGCCGGCUUUUUGCCGUACGCAAUCCAGCUUGCGAAGAAGGUAUGAUGGUGACAGUGGCAGGCAGAGCCUACUUCACUUUAACCUUUUCAAGUACAGCAUACAUGGACGGGUGUAGUUGCACGACCAUAUGACAUGCAAAACUGCUCCUGCUCGCCUCUCUACUACGGCGAAAAAGUACUUACUUAGUCGUAAUCCACACGACCCACUGAAGCGAAGGCCGCGAAGGAGUAAGUACCUAAAACUUUUUUCCUCAAAACACAAACAGGCGAAAGACGGGAGCAGUUACGUGCGUCUGUUGCUCGCGCAGGGCGAUGCCUACCAGGCGCUUGGGUUUCUGAAACAGAAAACCCUGCCCGUGGAGACGCGACUCGGAAUUUUGCUUACCGAGGGCGAGGCGCUCCUCGCCAGUUAUCCGACCGAGGUACAUCGUUUGUUUCUGGAAGUGAUCCGCACGCGAGACGCCAAUAUCCGGGAGGAGGAGCUCGAAGCAAUCCGGAAGAUCUACUCCCUCCGCGACGCUACCGCUGCGCUCGGUACAAGAACUCGCGGAAGUGCUGUUGGGGCUGCGGCGGGGGCAGGUGGUGCCAGGGGUACAAGUACUCUUCACAACUCGAAGAGGGGGGCAAUACGCGGACAGGAAAGCUCGUCGCGAAAGGGGGCCGCGUCGUCUACUCCAGCAAGUUCUUCUACGAACAGUGGUCCUGCGCCGCUGUUGGAGGCUUUUCUGCGGGAGCUGACCAGCAAGCUGCUCCACCAACUUCCGGUCAAGUGGGUGGAGGAAAAACUGCUCCCGGAAUACCUGGAAUGCCUCCUGCGGAACUGGAAGAAGCAGCCGAGCGACGGCAAGAAGGCGGCGGAAAAAGAGCUGCUGAAACUACUGGAGGAAAACGCGACGCGGAAGCGGUUUCUCGAGAAGGUGCCGCUUUUGUGCGGGAUGUUCGGCUUCAAGCCGGGACUCGUGCACGCCUACGAGCGGCUCGGGGAGUAUCAGAGUUUGGUCGCGAGCCAGGCAAACGACCUCGACGCGCUGCUGCAGUCCUGUCGCCGGUGCGGCGCGAAGGAGCCCCGCCUCUGGGUCCAGGCGCUGGCCUCCGCAUCGUCUACUACUUCCGGCUCGUCCGCAUCAACCUCCGCAUCGGGCGGGGGCGGUGCAGCUCCUGCCGGAAACAGUAGUAGUAACCUGCAGCAGGAGAAAUUUCGCGUCGAGAGCAUGAUUCCCGAAACGCUCCGGGAGGCACAGAUGCCGGUGCUGGCGGGCGUGCAGGCUUUGGCGAAAAAUCAGGUGCCGUUGCAGCACGCGCGACAGUAUUUGAAACAACAGUUGCGCACGCUGCGCACGUCCGAGCAAGCCGAACAGAAAAUGCGACAAGAUAUCGUGGAGCGGGAGAAGAUGGAGCAAGAGCUGGAGAGUUUGAAAACGAAACCGCGCGUGUUUUCGGCGGCGAAGUGCUACGAGUGCGGGUUGAACUUGGAACCCCCGUCUGUGCACUUUUUCUGCAUGCACAGCUUUCAUCUCUACUGCGUCAACGAGGACGCCCCCCACUGCCCAAAGUGUGCAAAAACCUUGCCGCCCCCCGACACGCUGCAAACAGAACACAGCACGGAGGACUUUUUCAAGUAUCUGAAAGCCUCGCGGAAUCAGGACGGGGGAUUCUCGGUCGUGGCUGACUACUUCGGCCGCAGCCUGAAUUAUGAUUGAAGAUGUUGCGCAUCAUGAUGCCACUGAGGAACGACGCGACAAUAUGAUGAAGCUGUUAGUUUUCAUCUGCAGCAGCUGCGCAUGCAUAGUUUCCAUCCCG